CUCGAUUACCACACUGAUAAGAUCGAAUAUCUGGAGAACCAAAGUAGAAGGAGGAAUAUUCGAAUAGACGGCAUUCGAGAGGAAGAAGCAGAAACCUGGGACAACACCGAAACCAAAGUCAAGGAGAUACUCAAAGAGAAGCUUAACCUCGAUGAAGAACCGGAUAUCGAGCGGGCUCAUCGAGUCGGCAGAAGAGCAAAUGCUACAACUGGCUCCGUAAGACGUCCAAGGACCAUCGUUUGUCGCCUCCGCGAUUGGAAGCAAAAAGAACAGAUCAUCAGAAGUGCAAGGAGAAUCAAGCCCCCUGGAAUUUUUGUUAAUGAAGACCUGGCACAAGGAACCCAUGACAAGAGGGAAGAGCAGCGUCCUAAGUCUGAAGAAGCGAGAAGAAACGGGAAAAUAGCCUAUUUCGUUUUAGACAGGCUGGUUAUUAAAGACAGAAUUGACCGUCCCAGUUAA